CCAAUUCCAGGAAACCCGGCAAAAGGAGUCGGUGGACGAGACUGUUAAGUUGCCCUGGUGAUGCAAAACAGAGGUCACGACCUCUGAACUGUCUCAUUUCAACGCCUCGUUCCUAGCAUCUUCGGGGGAUAUUUGUGUACUAUGGUUACACUAAAUCGAUUAGAUCUUCUCAAUCUAUGCUGAUUAUCGCCUCAAACGGCGCAAUAAAUGUACAAGAAAGCCCGACCCAAAUUUCAGAACGCCGCCGCAAUGUAAAAAGCACUUUUUCGAACAAACCAAUCGCUACACCAAGUGCAUUCGCUGCUGCGCCGCUGCCAUGUCCCACCGGGACAAUUACAAACAACGCUCUUCAGACGAAAGACCCCAACUCAGACUUGAAAUGUCCUCGAGGAGGGGGGGCUCGGCCCCGCGUCGACGAAGAACCAUUUGCUCUCCGGUUGCUUGAUGCGGACCGAGAGUGGGUGGACGCCUUCAAGGCUGGUGGUGACCGCGUUUCCUCUUCCUCAAUGACAUGCAGCCCAGCAUCUUCGCUUGAGCUCGUUGAUGAUGUAUUGGUCCGAUCGGACGAGGUCGAGUGCUGGUGCAGCCGGAGCCGGGCACCGACCAGGGAAUCCCCUGCCUCGUCGUCUUCAGCCUGCAUCAGCUCCUGUGCUUGGGCUGCGAGUUCGGCCCCUUCGAGGAGCUCCGCGUGGGAAAGUGUCCUGAAUGGCUAGGAGACUUUGUGUGCAGCACGGGUCGGCCGCCAGGGGACGACACCACGGAAAUUGCAUCUGGAGACAGUUGAUCAUAGUAGUAGCUGUCCGUGGGAGU